CGGCCAUUUUUUAUUUACCCAUUACACAAACGUCCCUAGGAAGGGAAACCGCUGAAAUAGUAGCUUUAGAGAGAUUAAAGGGGUUUAAAUGAACAGUUUUUGAGCUUAUAAUAUUCUAUUACUUUGAUGGUGAGCGCAGAAACAUCAACCAGAGGAGAAAAUACAGCGAAUAUGGGAGCAGUCAAUAAGCUAAAUGUGAAUGCUCCCAGUUUUUCUCCAAACCAAGCAUCCUCGUCGCAUGCUUCAAAUAAAGGAAAAAAAACGGAGCCUCGUGCUCCAAAACGAUCUAAUCCACGUGGAUCUUCCAAGAGCAGCCAAGGAAUGCCCAGAAAAAAUCAACCUUCUGCUGCAGGCGGAAAGUCACAUAAGAGUAGCACACGACCAAGUAAGAAGACGAGCGCCGUUGCUGAAGCAAUUAAUGAGUCUUUAGAAGAUGCUGAAAAUGAAGAUGAUGACCAUCUCUUUGAUCUUUUGUCUGCUAGGACAAAUCGUCGUGGUCAGAUAAGCUUAAACCAUUUAUUGAACUUCCAAUUUGCUCCCAGGAAUACCUAUAGCACAAUGUCUGCUCCUCCUAGGCGAACAAGGCAAUAUAAUACGUAUGGUUAUGGCUCAGGCUAUCAUCCCAUGGAUAAGGCUCGCUACGUGAAUGCAAACUAUCGAUUUAUUGUCUCGCCUUUGGGAGAAUAUACAUAUCAAAAGCUGGAUCCAGAUGCUCCCGUGAAAUGGGAAGAUGUCUGGCAAGUCUUGUGCUCUUCUGAUUUCCAAGUUGCCGUUUGUCCUUUUUGUCUUGGUGAAAAACCAGUUGCCGCUCGUAUGUCUCGAUGUGGUCAUGUUUUUUGCUAUUCUUGUUUACUUCGGUACAUGGAGACACCUACGAACGAAGAGGUAAAGGCAGCUGAGCAUUCUGGUUCUAAGGUUCCCAAAUGUGGGAUUCGAUCAUGUCCAAUUUGUUUGGAUGUUAUUAGAAUUCGCGAUAUUCGCCCUAUUCGUUGGGUACGGGAUGAAGAAUUUCAGAAGUUAGAAGAGGGAAAGUUGGUAUAUCUUCGUUUAUAUCAAAGAAAUGUCGGCUCUAUUUUGGCAUUUCCCAGAGCAUUUCGUUCUCUUGCAGUCGAUGGUUCAUUCCAUACUGAUAGUUUGCCUAAUGUCUCUAUGGAUGGUGCCGCAUAUGCUCGUAUCAUAAUUGGAACUCAUGAGUAUAUGCUUCAGCAAUAUGGCAGCGAAAUUGAACAGUUAGCUCAGGUAGCCGCUGAAGAUGUUAGUUUAUACGGAGUGGCAGAUGAUUAUUACGAAAAAGCUACCGCGAAGCUGCUUGAUCAGUCAACCGCUUUAUCUUCAAGUUUGGAUCACAGUGAUGGAGCAUCGCUUGUAGCUGGCGUUGACAACCUAAGCUUACAAGAUAAUGCAUUAAAACAGUUGUCGAAUGUUGAAGAUGUUGGAAAGGGUGUGGGUGAGCCGGCGGAAACCGAUUCCUACCUAUUUUACCAACCAUCCGCCCAUUCGCAUGUAUACCUGGCACCAUUAGAUAUUCGAAUACUUAAAGCAGCAUAUGGGUCAUAUACUCAAUUUCCAAACGAGUUGCGACCCGUCAUUGAAAAAAUUUCUUCGGGACACUCUGUAAAUGCAGAAUUUAGGCAACGCUUCAAAUAUAUGGGACACCUGCCUGAAGGUUGCGAAGUCGCCUUUAUAGAGUGUGAUUGGUCUAAGGUAGUCCCUGAAGAAACGUUGAAGGUGUUUAAAGCAGAAAUCAAUAGACGUCGUAAACAACACAAAGCUCAAGAAACUCGGGAAGAAAAAUAUCGACAGAAAGCACAGCGUGCAACUGAAGAUCAGAUUUUUACAGAACUUAAUAUGCAAAGGCCUGUAAGACGUCAAAUAGUCCAAGAAGAAAGUACGGCUGAAGCCUUCCCUACCUUGGAGUCUUUGAAUGCGGUUGGAGAGGGCAAUUCAUCGGCGCGUUCGAAUGAUGAACCCGAAUCUUCUAGUACAAUGGAUCCUAGUCAAAAGACGAUGGAAAAGCAGAAGGUGCAAACGGUUUGGGGAACGCAGACGAUAUCUGGAGCUUCAUAUGCAUCAGAUGAAAGUGAAGAUUCGGAUGCCUGGAAGGUCAAUUGGGACAAGGUUGCAAAUAUGAGUGCGAAUACCAAGAAUUCCAAAAAUAAGAAGAAGAAAAAACUUGUAUUACUAAGCACUGGAGGAGGACGUCGGUGAGCAAAAUUUUUUGAUUCUAUAAUCUUUUUGGCAUUUCAGAUAUACGUAUGCAUGGUGUGCAUGUAUACGUAUUUUCAUUUCCUAUAAAUGAUCCAUUUAGAAUUAGCUUUCUUGUUGUAUUUAAAUGAUUUCAGAUAAUGAUAUUUAACGACUAAUUAAUUAUGUUUGGUUUAAUAGAACGUUGAAAUGAUAAUGGGUCUUGUGUCUAAAGCAUGGAGGUUAAAGGUACAUUUCAUUAACAACCCUAAUACAUAG